AUGAAGCGUAGCAUUCAACUAGAAGGUUCUCCUUGUAAAUAUUGCAAGUGUGUUCAUGACAGCGACGAAGAAGCGCAGAUUGUUACGGAGGCGUGUCCCGAAUGUCAACCGGUGCCGAAGGAGGUGUUCAAGGAUUUCCAACUCCCAAGAGUUUCCAACCGCUUUCCCCACUGCUUCGAUCACCAGUUGGAGGAUGUACUGAAGUGGUACGCCACGUCCCCCGGAAGCGACCCACCACCAUUCAGCCGGAGAACCAGGCGACCUUGGUUGUGCGAUGUGCACAUGGAGGGAUGGCGUGGAGACGGUCGGGUUUCAUCGGCGUUCAACUUCUACGCAGAAGAAGAAAUAGCUGCCCGAGCUUCCAAACCCGAGGUCAUCUUCAAAGCUUCGGAUGUGGAUAACUACACCAAUGAAGGCAUCCAUCCUCCGUGUGACAGGUUGUACUGUGAAGUUCGAAAUUUUAGCAAGAAGCUGUUUUGCGUAGUGUCCAACCGCACGAAAUGCAUCACCUUUGACAUGAGGGAAAGCAACGGGGCCUACAUCAAUCAUAUGCACGACCAUUUCUGCACGGUACUGCUGGUUCUGCAGGACGUUGCACCGGAGCUGCGCCAUAUCACCGUUAGGGGAGGUUUCAUGAGUGUUAGGGCGAUUCUGGAGACCGUGGAAUGGAUAAACACGCUGGAGUUGGAGGACGUCUAUGUCUACGGAUUCCGCCAUCUUAUUCCUGGAUAUGUGCACUCGGACAUGUCGUACCUUGAGUGCGGGUGGAUGAGAACGGAGAAAUCAUAUCUUAAGCUUAAUGCUUUGUUCGCUCGUGGAGCAAACCAGCCUCACCAUGUCAUCCAUGUCGCCGAGGAAUUGCUGGACACUUUCCAUCUGACCUCCAAGGAUCCACUCCCCAUCUGA